GUGGCCUGCCCCGCCCACGUGGGGCCGCGGCCCGUCGAAUGGCUCCGUGCAACGUGUUGGCAGCGGCGGCGGCGCGGGCUCUUCCGGGCGCCGCAGUUUCCUGCCAAACACCCGCGCAGCCGCCUGGGCAGCGGGAGCCUCGGGUGCAGCGUGCAGGGUGCAGGGUGCAGAGGCCUCCUCAGCGCGGGUGCGGGAGCCCUGCCCCGCCCGCACCAUGCACGCCGCGCAGCUCCUGCUGCUGCUGCUGCCGCCGCUGCUGCUCGUGCUCCUGGCCGCGCCCGCCUCCCCGGUGAUCGCGGGCCCGCAGCCCCAGCAUCAGCCUCCCGGCUCCCGCUCUGUGAACGCCACCCGCCCCGGGGCUGCUGCGGAGGCGACGGUGACCGGCGGCGGCAGCUCCAACAGCAGCGGCGACGCCCUGGUGACCCGCCUCUCCAGCCUGCUCCGCGACCUGCCCACGCUGAAGGCGGCCGUGAUCGUGGCGUGCGCCUUCAGCGCCUUCCUCAUCGCCUGCCUGCUGCUGCGCGUCUUCAGGUCCGGGAAGAGGCUGAAGAAGACCCGAAAGUAUGACAUCAUCACCACCCCGGCCGAGCGUGUGGAAAUGGCCCCGCUGAAUGAAGAGGAUGACGAGGACGAAGACUCCACAGUAUUUGACAUCAAGUACAGGUAAAACCUGUUUUCCGGCGUGCUGGCAUCCUGUGGAAAGUUGGUCAGCUGCACCCGGGCGGGAAGGAUCCGGAAAGCCGUCUUGUCUGAGAUGUUGAAAGCAGAAACGUUAUUUAUGAAACUCGGGCACAUUGGUGUGUGUCGAAUGCCUGCUCAGAAUGUCACCACGGGAAAACUGUCUCUCCCGUCAUCUGGACGCCACUUUAAAAUGUUGCUCCUUCUUCCUCCUUCUGCCUUGCCAAGGGGCACGGGGCCGAAACACGGUGACUUAAAGCAACUGUCGACGACAGUGAGAGAGGUCAGAAGCUAUGAAGAACCUCAAGAAGGAUCUCCAUCUGUGUAGUGACAUGCUGCCCUGACAUGCUGCUCUCCUAGAUCUGUGACGUUCGGGACGUCUCGCCCUUUGGACUUCUGGGUUGGGUCAGGUUCUGGCCUUCUGUUGGGAAUGGCCGUGUGAAAGGUCAGAGGGCAAGUCCUUGGAGCGGGUCAGCCCGUAGCAGAAGUGUAUCUUAGCACAUGUUUGUGGCUCUCUUUUCUUUUUCUUCUUUUGUUUAAAGGGUUCAGCAGAACUGGGCAUGCCUAGUGCAUAAAGGAUUUUGAAUAUCAGGGAGAAAAAAUAUAUGUGCGUAUGUGUGUACCUCUAAAAUAAUUUCUUUUUUCUUUUUAAUAAUUGCUUGUCCGAAGGAAAAAGAAUGCACAAGAGGCAGGCUUCGGUUAGUGACAUCCCGUGUGUCUCUGCCCUGUCAUAGUUCUUACAGUGUCGGUCUUAGACAACUCAUUUUAAAGUUUCACUGUGGGUCACUCAAACGCAUGGGUGGUUUGGUUGGCCAAAAAAAGCUGGACUAGGAAACCCACUGACUCAGGGGGUGCCACGGGAGUGGGUCAGGGGUCCGGGUGGCUUCUGGAAGCAGGGACGUGGGUUGACUUCUCUCAGGUUGAUCGGGGUUCCCCCAUUUCACUGUUUCCCAGGGUGUCUGCUCCUGCUAAAAUCCACUGGCAGUGCUUGUGGGACCCCGGGAUUCUGUUCUCCCUGCAAAAGUGUUUUGUACUUU